ACCAACUACAAAUGUUUAUAUUAUUUAUCUUUCAGAUAUUUUUCUGUCGUUCCUAUUGGAAAUAUGACUUGUAUAUCUUCAAUAUUAUUUUUUCUAAUCUUUAUAUUUCCCACUGUUUUAAUGGAUUGGCCUGUAUCAAUGAAAAGGACAACGAAUAUACAAGUAACAAGUAAAGAAGAAUACAAGAAACAAUAUUCUGACGCUUUAAAAUUUAGUAAAAACAUGAGUAUUGUUUUAGAAAACCUGUUACGUGACUACGAUAGCAAUCAAAGACCUGGAUAUGGAGGAGCGCCAACUGUCGUUACUACCAACUUUUUGAUAAGGAGCAUGGGGCCCAUUUCCGAAGUGGACAUGGAGUAUUCUAUGGACUGUUAUUUUCGUCAGAAAUGGACGGAUAGAAGAUUACGUUUCGAUGGCCCUAUAAAAAAUUUGAGUUUAAAUAUAAAAAUGUUGGAUCGAAUUUGGAAACCCGAUACGUAUUUUCAUAAUGGGAAAGGUUCCUAUUUACAUACGAUAACUCGACCAAAUAAACUCUUAAGAAUCUUCCAAAAUGGCGAAGUUUUGUACUCGAUGAGACUUACAGUAAAAGCAACUUGCCCAAUGCAACUGCAGAAUUUCCCUAUGGAUAGACAAUUUUGUCCCCUAAUUUUUGGGAGUUAUGGUUAUACUGUAAAACACUUAAUAUAUCGCUGGGAAACGAAAAGUGCCAUCACGUUUGAAGAAGGUUUGGUCCUUUCUCAGUACGACCUUAUCGAUUACCCACACAGAAACGUAACAGUUACAUUCAAUAGAGGCGAAUUUUCUGUACUUAAAGCUAACUUUAACUUAAGGAGACGAAUGGGUUAUUUUCUUAUACAAGUUUACGUGCCAUGCACACUGAUAGUCGUACUAUCGUGGGUGUCUUUUUGGAUUAAUAGAGAAGCUACAUCGGAUAGAAUUGGAUUAGGUAUCACGACAGUGUUGACACUGUCUACUUUCGGUUUGGAUACAAGGACCGAUUUGCCAAAAGUACCUUAUCCGACAGCGCUAGAUUGGUUCGUUAUCAUGAGUUUUAUGUUUGUUAUAGCAACAUUACUAGAAUUUGCGGGUGUACAUUACUUUACAAAGGUUGGAAGCGGUGAAUUUCCUAUCGCAGACAGCUCGGAUAACGAAGAGAAGAUAACAAUGAUGAACACGAACACCCCUACAAGGCACUACUGUCCUACAAUUUAUGGCUAUCAGACUGAUCACAAAUGCCCCAAGUAUCCACGUUACACGGCUAAAUUGUCAUACUUCAAUCGAUAUUCUAGAAAUUGCUGUUAUCAGUUCUGGAAUUGUAUAUUGGGGAGUGAAACAUACAGAGCAGAGAUGCUGAGUAGAGUCCAAGGAAAGGAUGCUAUCAAUAGUGUUAGCAAAAUUGAUCAGAUAUCACGUAUCUUGUUUCCAUUAUCCUUUGUUUUAUUGAAUAUCUUCUAUUGGUUAUUUUAUACAAGUGAAACUUAUUCCUCCAAUAGAACUAAUAGAGAACUUCAUUCUAUAAGCAGCUAA